AUGACAGGACUUGCAGUUGCAGCUGUUGCUUAUGCUGGCAGAUAUGGCAUCCAAGCAUGGCAGGAUUUCAAGGCUAGACCAGCUUCGCCUGUUGCAUUUAGAAAGUUUUAUCAAGGUGGUUUCCAAUCUAAAAUGACAAGAAGAGAAGCUGCUCUGAUUCUUGGAGUAAGGGAAAGUAUUGUGGUUGAUAAGGUAAGGGAAGCACGUAGAAGGGUAAUGGUGGCAAAUCAUCCAGAUGCUGGUGGUAGUCACUAUCUUGCUUCCAAAAUCAAUGAAGCAAAAGAAAUGCUCAUGAGGAAAACUAGCAACACAGGCUCGGCUUUCUGA